GUUCUGCAGGAAAGUAAAAUUUUGGGCUGCCGUAUUUUGCUCUUCGUUUGGAAGUUUCCACGGGCCGACCAGUAUUGACACGAAACGAAAAUGCCCAUCUGCGGACCGAAACUAUCGCUGUGCGGUUUGAUUAUCUCCGUUUGGGGCAUAAUCCAGCUGCUGCUGAUGGGAGUGUUCUACUACAUCAACAGUGUCGCCCUGAUCGAAGAUCUUCCGCUGGAGGAACACUAUCCUACGCCGCAAGAGUUCUAUGCGGCCGCUGACGUCGCGUAUAGUCAGAAUGCCUACAAUUGCUGGAUCGCUGCCUGCAUUUACGUCGUCACGUUGGUCGUCUCGGCCCAGCAGUUCCAUGCGAACAGUCGCUCAACGGUCGCCUAAUUUCAUCAAACCUACCCUUCAUCAUUUCCCCUCCAAAGAACACAAUGAAAUGGUAAACUACUUCCUUCUUAACAAAAGAACAACCGGCUUUCCCUUUACGAUGUAAAUAUGUGUUCGCCCUCCAUUGGCUUCCCUUCUAUCCGUUGCUGACCACAAAACAUUCCGUACCCAUCUUACGAUUUGGUUAGCCAUCGUCUCCCUUUACGCACGAAACCGACCAUCUAUUGCGUGCUUCGCAGAUUCGGUGUUUCUAGUGGUGAUCUAGCUUACGAACAACAUCUUCUGAACCAUACAGUGAAAAUGAAACUGAAACACCGUAAACCAUUCAAUAGCAAACUUCGGACAGCGCAAGAAACCAUUAUUUUCCCUUCCGAAGGUACCAACGCACGCUCGUUAGGAGUGAUAAAUGUAAAGAUACGGUAAAUAUAUUCUGAAAGUUCAAACCAACAACAGUGUUAUUACGUUCGGUUCAAAUGCGUUACGUCUUACAAUUUGUUACAUAUUUAUCAGUUCUCGUUGUAAUAAACAAUAGAACAUACCUAU